CAACUGGGCAGCAAUCUAGGGUGAUUUGGUCCGGUGGUUAAAGUACGCCUAAAUUUGUAUCCAAUCCGGAUUCGACUCCCCUUGGUACCACCGGAGCAGGGGUUCACAGUGCCCGGGAUUACUCGGGGGCGAAGCUGGACACCCUGGAAUAGGGAAAAAAAAAAAGAAAAAGAAAAGGAGGACAGGACUAGAUAACGACCAGGAGAGGAGAGGAGAGGAGAGGAGGCAGUGGGCAAUGAAACGAAAUGCAGAUGCAAGCUCUUGCAAGGAAGAUGAGAAGAUCAUCACUUCUUGCUCAGCUUUUCCCUUUCCUUUCCUCAGUCAAACUCAAACCCCACAUUUCUCCUCAUUUCUACUCCGAUAGCCCAUCGCGUGCCUUUGCUCGCACAUUUCAUCGAGCACUUCUCGAGCACUGGCACCCCCACUUCUCUCCCCUCAAAUCCUUCUGCUCUCACAUUUAUCAUGGGGACCCAGUUGAGUCCCGAGAGCAGAAGCUCGUCCAUCUGCUCAGGGCAGCAGCUAGCCUCCCCCUUUUGGAACCAGAGGCUAUGGAGUCCCUGGAAAGUUCGGGGAUUGACCCCGCUUUGGAAUUGGUCUGCUCGUUGAUCGAGAAACUCAAGGAAGAGUGGAGGCCCGCUCUGCUGGCAUUCAAGUGGGGCCAGAAGCGGGGCUGCGUCAACGAAAAAGUUUGCUGCUUGAUGAUAAACGUAUUAGGCUGUCAUCAGAAGUUCAGCAUUGCUUGGUGUUUGAUUCGAGAUUUUCAUCGGAUGAAGAUGGACACAAGACGGGCUAUGCUGGUAAUGAUUGACCGGUAUGCUGCUGCAAAUAAUCCAUCCAAGGCAAUCUGGACGUUCCAACUCAUGGAGAAGUUCAGAAUCGUCCCGGAUGAAGAAGCAUUUCACGCCCUCCUGAAAGCACUCUGCGAGCAUGGAAACAUCGAGGAAGCUGAAGAAUUCAUGCUUCUCAAUAAAAAGCUAUUCCCAUUAGAGACAGAGGGCUUCAAUAUCAUCCUCAAUGGAUGGUGCAGCAUAAAUGUUGACAUAGCCGAAGCCAAGAGAGUUUGGAAAGAGAUGUCAAAAUGCUGUAUUCUACCGAAUGCAGCAUCUUAUACCCACAUGAUCUCCUGUUUCUCGAAGUUCAGGAAUCUCUUUGACUCGCUGAGACUGUACGAUGAGAUGAAGAAACGUGGCUGGACACCGGGGCUCGAUGUUUACAACUCUCUGAUCUAUGUAUUGACUCAGGAGAGUUGCCUUCCUGAAGCAUUGAAAAUCUUGGGGAAAAUCAAGGAGCUGGGUUUGAAGCCCAAUCACACCACUUACGACUCCAUGAUCCGUCCUCUGUGCAAAACGGGCAAGCUGACAGAGGCAAGAGGGUUGUUAUCCUCCAUGUUAGAAGAGAAAAUCGAGCCAACUGUCGAGACUUAUCAUGCAUUUCUUGAAUGCAUGGCGUUUGAGGGGACAUUGGAAGUUUUGGAUCUCAUGAGGAAAGCCGGGUUAGGUCCGAAUGGAGAUACAUUCCUCUUGAUUUUCGAGAAGUUUCUUAAACUGAAUCAGGCUGAGAAUGCAUUGAAAGUUUGGGUCGAGAUGAGGGAGUAUGAGAUGGAGCCGAGCGCGGAGCACUACAGAAUUGUAGUGUGCGGUCUCGCAACAUCUGGGUAUUUGAUUAAAGCUAAUGAGAUUUACUCUGAGAUGAUAUCCAAAGGUUUUUCAGAUGAUCCAAAACUGAAGAAACUCUUGAAGAAACCUUCACGAGGGAGUAGGAGUAAAAGGAAAUGGCAUGUAGCCAAGAGAGAGAAUCAGGUCAGUCUCAGGAAAGGAACUACAGUGACGUUUAGAAACCAUCGGCAGAGGUCAAAUGAGAGGAGGAGGAAGAAGAAAUCAAAUGGAGUUUCUACUUUGAAUGCCUCCUGAAAAGAUUUUUGAUGCUGCCAGAUCAACCUCAAGUUUCUAAUGGAGUUUCACACUGCAUAUUCUCUGAUUUACUGGGCUCCAUCGCUCAGGCUUCUGGAUAAUACAUCAGCAAGUAAUCUCACACACGAGGAAUCAAGAAAUUUAUAUUACAAGUUAAACAUGCUCAUUUGGGCGAUUCUGUGCAGCACUGACUUUAACAUUAAAAUUUCAGGCACAAUGAAUAAACCAUUGUUAUCGCGAUCUCUUCUACACCAGGUCGUUGACAGGAGGGUUAUGCUGUGAGACAUCAUUGUGGUGCGUUUGGUUUCAGAGUUAAAGUAAUUUUGAUUUUGAUUGUGGAAAA